AUGUCUUGGUUGAACAUGAAGGCAGGCAGCACCUUCAACCCCCUGAACAUCAUUUUAUCGGUACUCCUUGUUUUUGCCAGUCCAGCGAACGCCCAGAAGAAGGUGUGCGCGUCAGAUCCAUUCGCGGACCCAUCUUCGGACCCCUGUGAUGUUCUUGGUUACAUCGCUAGCAACGCUUUGACCACGGUUGCAAUUGUCCUUCUCGGGUUGGUUCUUGUGGCGCAUAUCGCCCAGACGAUCAAAUAUGGCGGCUGGUGGCUAUGGACUCUCUUUGUCGGCGAAGCUGUGUUCAUCGCCGGGUUCGCCUGUAGAUAUGGGCUGCACCAGAACCCCCAAAACGCCGAUCUCUUCAAGGCAGAGUACUUGCUUAUUAUCCUCGCGCCCAACGCCUUUGUCGCGGCCGACUACAUGAUCUUGAGUCGUAUUGCCACACACAUAGGAGCUCCCCAACUCCUUCCUAUCCGACCGUCUAGAGUCACAAUCACUUUCGUCGCUUCGGACAUCAUUACUUUCCUCAUCCAGGCCGCCGGUGCUGCCAUUGCCGUCUCCGCCAAUCCGACUGAUAACGACAAGAAGCAAAAGGGUGACCAUAUCUUCAUCGCUGGUCUUGCAUUACAGUUGGUUUCGUUUGGUUUAUAUGCUUUGAGUGUCCUUUGGUUCAUCUACCGUGUGUACACUAAGGAGCGGCGCGUCUGGACCCGCGAUUCCCUGGGCUCGGUCUGGAGCGACUGGCGAACCCUUGCCUUUGCGCUAGUCUUCAACUGCCUGUGCAUAAUCGAACGUUGCAUCUACCGUCUCAUCGAGAUCAACGACGGUUUCAAAGGCCCAAUUGCGACAAGCGAGACACUCUUCUACUGCUGCGACUCGCUCGUGCUGUUUCUUGGCCUCGCUAUCUUCGUGCCCUUCUGGCCAGGUCGAAUCAUCCGGCCGAGAAAGGAUCAGGAGCGAGAGAACGCGAUGCCGCUGAGCUCGGUCAAGGGCGAUAAUCUGAGUGUUUAG